AUGUCGUGUCAUUCGACAAAUCGCUCAAUUAAUGUUCAUUUAGCCGUAGUGAUAGGUGUUUUGCGGUCAUCAGACGGUGGAAAUCGGGAAAAUUCGAUGAUGUCGCAUGAAAAUGGCUUGGAAACUGUUCCUAAGACAAGCAUUCAAGAGGCCAUAAUCCGUGAAGUUGAAGAAAUCGACUGGUCUGUUGAUCCUACUGAGGUUCGU